CAUUCCGUCGUAUGAUAUUUUAUUGUUUGUGUGAUUGAAAUUGAUUUUAAUGCUUCUUCAUUGGUUGUUCCAAGGUUUUGGACUUUGGAGUUAAUUUUAUCGAUGUGUUUCUUUAUUACUUGCGCCGUGAUUAGCUCUUUAACUCUGUGUGACAUUUUAUAUUAGUGAUGUGAAAUGUGUGGAGACUGUUGUUGAGUGUGUGUAGUAGCACUAAAGAAGACUGUUUUGGCUUUGAUUGAUAGCUGUAACCUUAAUUUCAAGUCAUGGUUUUAUAAACGGGGAUGAGUUUUUGUUUUUGUUUUGGGUGAGUUUGGAGAGGUUUAGAAAGUUCUUCAUGGUUGGACAAGGGGUAUCGAUGACAGGAUGUUUUCUCCUACAGUGUCUUGAUUGAUUUCGGUGAGAAAGGUUGGAAGGCUUCAUAUUGCUUAAAGACACCCCCCUCUACAACUCAUUUUUUGGUAUGCACAUAUUUGCCUGGUUUUUUGCUUGUCUUUUACUAAAAUUGGAAAUGAAGCUUGCACAGAGUGAUAUUAACAAUGAAAAAAAAAAAAACAUUUGUUCUUUUGUCGAUCUAAAUAAUGUAUGGUUGUGUCAUGCUCGUUUUAGUAGGCCACUUUCUGCUAGUUAUAAGAGUACUUUCCCUUCAAUGGUUUUAUGAAUUCCAGAAGCCGACCAUGUUUGCAACUGAAUGCACGUUGACCUUGUGUCAUGAGGUAUUGCAAUCUUUUCAAUUCUCUUUUAUCUCUAUUGCAGUUUCAUUCCAUUUUAUAUGCUGCAACAUGGGCUGCUAUAUAAAAAAACCUCAUAAUUCAACUAGAAUUUCUUCUUAUUAAACCAUGCAUGCAUGAGAUUAUGAAAGUUACUAUUCGCAAUUGGUGGAUGGGAUAGUUUGAGAAGCCUGCUAUAUUGCAAGUGGUCACCAAAGGUAAGCACUUUUAACACAUCCGUGAAUUUCAAACUUGCUAGUAUUUCUUAUUGUUAUCUUCAGGUUGUCAUUCAGCUGGUGAUUGUUGGCUGUGCUUCCAUCUCUAUUAUGCUUUUGAUGUGUGGUAACAGCAUUCCAUUGUUUUUGUCGCAUUUUUUCCCCAUAUAUCUUUAGUGUUGUAUUGAUUAGUUUAUGUUUACAUUCACUCAUGGCGUGCUCUAAUAUAUCCAGCAUAGAUGUUUUUCUUCUCUGUUCAGGAAUUUCUCGUUAUCCCCCUCCAUAUGGAACAAUGGUUCGUCCUAUAUACCCUCCACGCCCUCCUGGAGCAGUUAAUGUAAUUCCAGUAUCACGACCACCUGUUGCAGGGGUCCCUCCAGUUCGCCCUAUUAUGCCUCCUGUUGUCAGACCUGCGGUUGCUCCAAGUGUUACUCCAGCUGAGAUGCCACAAACCACAGUUUAUGUUGGCAGGAUUGCACCAACUGUGGAAAAUGAGUUCAUGCUCUCUCUCCUUCAAUUAUGUGGAGCUAUCAAGAGCUGGAAACGUCCUCAAGAUUUAUCAAGUGGAACUCCCAAGGGUUUUGGGUUUUAUGAGUUUGAGUCUGCCGAAGGGGUUCUCCGUGCCUUGCGUCUCCUUACUAAAUUGAAUAUUGAUGGGCAAGAACUAAUGGUCAACGUGAAUCAAGCUAUGAAAGAAUACCUGGAGCGCUAUGUUCAGAGAAAAACUGAGAACUCGAAGAAAACAGAAAUUCAGGCAGCAAGAGUUGAAAAAGACGAUGAAGCUGAACAACCUCCUGAUGCAAAGGAGAAUGCAAAGCCUGAUGUAGAGCACUCCAAUAAAGAGGAUAAUGAUUCAGGGAACAAGGAUUCCCACGAUGUGGCAAACUUUGGAAUUGUCACAGAUGAAGAUAGGGAAACUGAUCGAGAGGCUUUAGAAAAGAUCACGAAGAUGAUUGAGGAGAGAUUGAAGACCAGACCUUUGCCUCCACCACCUGCACAGCCACCUGGUGAUGAUUCUGUAAAUUUAACUUCAGAGCAACCUGCUACUACAAGAGAUGGAGAAUCUGAUGUGGAUACAGAGAAGAAUGAAACAGCUGAAGAUAAAAAUGAGAAAGAGGCAAACAGUGAUAACAAACCAAUCAAUGAACAUGAUAGGGCUGAGACCCCUGAUAGAAGACAUGAUAGGAAAAGCAGAGAGAGAGACCGAGAUAGGGAACAAAAACGAGAAAAAGAAAGAGAACUUGAAAGAUAUGAAAGAGAAGCAGAGCGGGAACGUGUUCGGAAAGAGAGGGAACAAAGAAGGAGGGUUGAGGAGUCUGAGCGUCAGUUUGAAGCAUAUUUGAAGGAAUGGGAGUAUAGAGAAAGAGAGAAAGAGAAAGAACGCCAGUAUGAGAAGGAGAAGGAGAAGGAAAGGGAACGCAAACGGAGAAAGGAGAUACUUUAUGAAGAAGAAGAUGAGGAUGAGGAUUCUAGGAAGAGGUGGCGUAGAAGUGUGCUAGAGGAGAAGAGAAAGAAGAGGUUGCGUGAAAAGGAAGAUGACCUGGCUGACAGACAAAAAGAAGAGGAAGAAAUUGCCGAGGCCAAGAAGAGAGCCGAGGAGGAUCAACAAUGGAAGCAGCAGAGAGAUGCAUUGAAGCUAUUAUCAGAGCAUGUGGUAAACAAUGGUGAUGAAAUUAAGGCUAUUGAAGAGAUUACUAAUGAACUCAAAAGUAUUGUUGCUGAACAAGAUACUGUAGCUGAUUAUGGUCUUGAAGUUUGUAUUGGUGAUGGUAAUUCACUAAAUGGCAUGAAAGAUGAAGUGGCCAUGGCAUCUGUUGCUACAACUGAUACACAGUCAAGUGAGAAUGCUCCUACAAAGAAGUUGGGAUUUGGUCUAGUUGGGUCAGGGAAAAGAACAGCUGUCCCUUCUUUUUUCCAUGAAGAGGAGGAUGAUGAUGCACACAAGGACAAAAAAAUGAGGCCUUUGGUUCCAAUUGAUUAUUCAACCGAGGAAUUGCAGGCUGUUCAAACUACUGCUUCUGGGCCAACUCCACCAAAUUUGGCUGCUGCUGCAGAAUUUGCAAAGCGUAUAUCCGGUACCAAUUUCAAGGAAGAGAAGCUGGAUGGGGAACGGGAUAGGAGUAGGCGUUCAAAUGAGAAGUCUAACCACCGGGACAGGGACAGGAUUGACGAAGAUAGCACUCACAAAAGAGAUGAAAACAAGGAGAAAAUUCCUGACCGUGGCCGGGAUCGGGAUCAUGGGUGUGACAGACUUAAGACUUCUGAUAACAGAAGGCUUUUGGAUGCAAAACAGUUAAUUGAUAUGAUACCGAAGACCAAGGAGGAGUUGUUCUCAUUUGAGAUAGACUGGACAGUGUAUGACAAGCAUCAAUUACAUGAAAGAAUGAGACCGUGGAUUUCAAAGAAGAUCAGAGAGUUUUUGGGUGAAGAAGAAAAUACAUUGAUAGAUUACAUUGUCUCCAGCACACAAGAACAUGUGAAAGCAUCUCAAAUGCUAGAGCGUCUUCAGAUCAUUUUAGAUGAAGAGGCUGAAAUGUUCGUUCUCAAGAUGUGGAGGAUGCUUAUCUUCGAAAUAAAGAAGGUAGAGACAGGGCUUGCUUUGAGGUCAAAAUCAUGAUUUGUUGAUUAUUGUGUUUCCUCCUUCCCUUUCCUUUCCUGAUGGAUUCAUAUUUUAACCACCAUCCCUUGGUAUGUCUUCACCCUAAGUGUAAAAUGGCUGCCUAAACAUAAACGCUCUAAUGUAAUUUUUCAGUCUGUAUUGUUUCAAGAUUCAAUCAAUCAUCUGGAUAAAGCCCCGUUUUCUUUAUGCAUGAGAAUCCGGUGGCAAUUUUUGUCAUGUGAAUAGUUAGAACUUUGGUUUUGUUGAUGACAGUCCUAGACUCCUGGUCCUUUCAUUUUUAUUUUUAUUUUUUUUAAAGAGAACAGUCCUUAAUCUUGUGUUAAGAAAUAGUGUCAUCAAAGAUGGUAUGCCCUCCCGUAUGUAGACCAGUCAAGAUGUUGUUUAAAACUGUCAAACUUGAUUUUUGUUACCUGAUUAUUUUUCUAGAAUCUUAUGACUGGUUUGGUCACACUCGUCGAUUCAAGGUGGCUUCUUUGGUGUACCGUUGGUAAAAGGAUCACAGGUGGUUCUUUUAAUCUUGCUUGCUAUACAGAUUUUUAUAAAUAUAAACUAGGUCUUUUUAUCAUUUAUGUUUCAACCUUGCAUUUAAAACUCUGCUUGAACCGGCUGGUUCAACCUGAAAAUCGGUAAACUGGUACCUUU